AUGUCACGUGAAGACAGUGUCUAUCAGGCUAAGCUUGCCGAGCAAGCGGAGCGUUAUGAAGCAGAAAUGGUGGAGAACAUGAAGACCGUCGCGUCCUCUGAUCAGGAGCUCACCGUCGAGGAGCGCAAUCUCCUUUCGGUCGCCUACAAGAACGUGAUCGGGGCCCGUCGUGCUUCUUGGCGUAUCGUGUCCUCCAUCGAACAGAAAGAGGAAUCCAAAGGCAACGAGGCUCAGGUCGCCAUGAUCAAGACGUACAGGGAAAAGAUCGAAGCGGAACUGGCUAAAAUCUGCGAGGAUAUCCUGGAAGUGCUCGAGAAACACCUCAUUCCAUCUGCCGCCACUGGAGAGUCCAAAGUGUUCUACCACAAAAUGAUGGGAGACUACCACCGUUAUCUCGCCGAAUUCGCCACCGGUGACAAGCGAAAGGAAUCCGCGGACAAAUCACUCGAGGCUUACAAGUCUGCGUCUGACGUCGCCGUCACUGAGCUGCCGCCUACGCACCCUAUCCGUCUCGGCCUCGCUUUGAACUUCUCGGUCUUCUACUAUGAGAUCCUGAACUCACCCGACCGAGCUUGCCACCUCGCUAAGCAGGCUUUCGACGACGCCAUCGCCGAGCUUGACACGCUCUCCGAGGAGUCAUACAAGGACUCGACUCUCAUCAUGCAGCUGCUCCGUGAUAACCUCACUCUCUGGACUUCUGACAUGACUGGUAAAUCCUCAUACAAGUUCUGA